CUGGUGGCACUGACUGGCAGCACUGGUGGGUGGGCACAGGUGGGCGGCACUGGUGGGUGGGCACAGGUGGGCGGCACUGGUGGGUGGGCACAGGUGGGUGGCACUGGUGGGCACAGGUGGGUGGCACUGCUGGGCACAGGUGGGUGGCACUGCUGGGCACAGGUGGGUGGCACUGCUGGGCACAGGUGGGUGGCACAGGUGGGUGCACUGCUGGGCACAGGUGGGUGCUCUGCUGGGCACAGGUGGGCGGGGCUAGUGGGCGCACUGCUGGGCACAGGUGGGCGGAACUUGCGGGUGGCACUGCUGGGCACCGAUCAUCAGGGCACUGAUCAUCACGUGUCAUUGGACACCGCUGAUCACGUGGUAAAAGGCCGCUGUGAUUGG